UCAAAAAUUGUAUCGAUCACUCGACUCUCGUAGUGAUGUUCAUAUUCUGGUCUCUGUAGUGUGCAUUAAAAACCAUAACCUGUUGCAACUCUCACGACUUCGCGUAAUUAUACGCACGCCUUGUAAUCCUAAAAGCCGGAAAGUCGCAUUUGUUGCAGUACACGUCCCAUUUACAGAACAAAAUGCCGAAGAAGAAAACUGGACAGAGGAAGAAGGCAGAGAAACAGAAACUCCGGCAGAAGGAAAUCAGAGCUGCCAAGGAGCAGAUUGAUCUGGCCAAAUUUCCUUGUAAUUCUGUGAUGGAAUGCGACAAGUGUAAUAAAAAGCAAAAGAGUCGUGCCUUUUGUUAUUUCUGUCAGAGUGUACAGCGAUUGCCCAUAUGUGCGCACUGUGGCAAGAUUAAAUGCAUGCUAAAGACAGGAGACUGUGUGGUGCGUCAUCCUGGGAUCUUCACCACAGGAUUGGGAAUGGUGGGAGCCAUAUGUGAUCACUGUGAAGCUUGGGUAUGUCAUGGAAGACGCUGUCUUACCAGUCAUGCUUGUAUCUGUCCACUGAUGGAUGCCGUUUGUCAGGAAUGCGAGAGAGGCGUUUGGGAUCAUGGAGGAAGGAUAUUCAAGUGUUCAUUCUGUGAUUGCUUUUUAUGUGAAGAUGAUCAAUUUGAGCAUCAAGCAUCGUGCCAAGUAUUGGAAGCAGAAAAUUUCAAAUGUCAAUCAUGUAAUCGUUUGGGACAAUACUCUUGUCUUAGGUGUAAGACAUGCUAUUGUGAAGAUCACGUUCGUAGAAAAGGUUUUAAAUAUGAAAAGAAUAAGCCUAUCCCUUGUCCAAAGUGCAGCUAUGAGACAUCACAGACUAAAGAUCUAAGCAUGUCCAGUAAGCAUUUAUAUAAUAUUAUAUAUAUAUAUAUAUAAGGUGGUCCAUCUGAAUCUGACGAUGAAAACGGAUAUAAUUAUGCAGGAAAUCAAGAGUCUUGUUAUGGAACUGUUAGCUAUUCCAAUGACAAUGAAGAUGAAGAUGACGAUUAUGACGAUGAUGAAGACGAAGACGAAGAUGAUGAGGAUGACGAAGACGAUGAUGAUGAUGAUGAUGAAUCUACAAGUACAGAUGAAGAAAAGAAAGAUACUACAAUAUCAGAAACUCCAGAGAAUAGUAAAAAUAAAGUUUAACACUUAUUUACAGAUGUGUAAAAUAGUAAUAUAAUUGAAAAUGAAAUAUCGAUUAUAUCAAAUUAAGUGACGCACAAAUAUGCGAAAAGAAGUAUAAGAAUUCAAGCAGAAAGACAAUUUUAAUAUUUUGUAAAAUAUAAAUUAAUUAAAAAUUUC